UUUAACAGGUAUUUUUGUUGUGACAGGAGAUUUUUGACUCCACAGAAAAAUUGCUGCAACCAUUUGUGCCAGUUAGAGUAACAGAUGACCCUUCAGAGAAGGUCACAAAACAGCCUCUAAGGGAUCCAGUGCCUUACCUGCCACAUUGUUCUUCGUCUGAGCCCUCAAUCUCACGACAGUGUAGACAGAAGAACAAUGAACUAGCAAAGAAGACUGAAAAGGUGAAAACAUCAGCUCCUAGACAAUUACCUGCUCUACCACAUGAUGAGCCGAAUGUUUACAUAAAGAAACUGCAGAAUAAUCCCGAUAAAAUUUUUACAUCAAUGGCCAACUCAAAGAAUAAUGAAAUUGGAGCCUCACAGGAUCGUCCAUUAUCCGCCAGAGAACGAAGGAGAUUAAAACAAUCUAAGGAAAACUUCCCUCAUUCAGUUUCCACUUCAAGAAGGAGUUCACAUUGUGGAGCUUUAGAAGCAAACUCUUACACAGAGAACCAAAAGGUGAAAGUCAGCCAAUCCUUAUCAGAUAUCACCACCUAUCAUGGAAAGGUCGUGAGUGAGUCAUCCCCUCACCUUUCAGAUGAUGAUGAAUAUUGCUCUUCAACCAGCUCAACUGAUAAAUCAGAGGGGGAUUGCAAAGAAGGUAAAUCUGAUUCCAAUGAAAUGCAUGAUCUGGUAAAAUUGAUGACGCAGACAUUAAGCAUGGAUUCAAAAGAUAUGUGUAGAGAAAAUCUAAUGCCUGCUCCAAAACCAGAAUUCCGAUUACAGCGGAGGUAUAGAGAUACCCUGAUUCUUCACGGGAAAGCUAAGGAAGAUCUGGAGGAUUUUUGCUUCAAUGAUUUUCCAACUGAAGUUUUAUCUGUACCAGAGAAGAUCAAAAGAACAAUUCAAGCUCUAAGAACAGAUGUUGUAAAAGGACUAGGAGUAAAACUUUUGGAAAAAGUAUAUAACAUUAUGGAAGAUGCUGAUGAAAAGAGGAGAGAGGAAUGCCUGCAGGAGCACAUGGGUGAAGAAUUAUAUCAGAAUUACAGUAUGAAGGUCCAACAACUAAAGUUCUUUGAAGAUCAUUCGAACUUUUGACUCCAUGGUAUUGAAAAUCACUGAAUAAGUUUGUUCAAUUUAAAAAGUGCCUUUUUAUGGGCAUUGAUCAGUUGCAAUAUGUGUCUAUCACACCUGGAAAACUCAGUUGUCUAAAUGCAAGCAGGCUGAACUUGGAUUUUUUUUUAACUUUUGCACCAUGCAAUGGCCAACAUAGAAACGAGACAAAGGAUCAUGAAGCAUUGGACUCAAUGUUCACCUAGCCAUGUUGUUUUCGGUUUGUGAAUUAAAAUAGCUUUUGUAUCAUAUCUUCACAUCGUCAGCUUACUGUGUUGUGAAAUACUGGAUGAUCAGUUGAAUAUGUAUUACAGUUUUGUUGACAUACGGUUGAUAUUUUCUAUCAGAGUUAUUUCGCAUAUAGAUAAGUACUGUCCAUCACAGAAUUUACUACAGGUAUGUCAUCAACAUGCUUAAAUGAUCCAAAUAUGUUGUAAAAUGCUAAGUUCACUCAUAGCUCAAUUUGAAACCUUUGCAGUUAGUUAAUUCAUAACCACAAAUUCUUUGUUUUUACAAUUUGCCCAAACACCACAGGAUAUACCUUAAGGGAACAUUUUACAAGAAACUCCAUAGGAGCAGUCCUGGUUUUUCGGCAGUUAUCCGCUGAGUGGCAAGUUACUUGUUUUUUUUGUCCUAUAAUUUUCUAAGUUUCUGCUGCAAGAUAGUUUCAGCUGACUGUUACCUCACAGUUGUCAGUACUUGGUAGAUUUAGAAAAUGAACAGCCAAAAUGUCCUAAAAUAAAAUACACAUUCAUUUUCAUAAUUAACUGCCAAUUCUGGAUUACGUUCUUUUUCUAGUCCAAAGGGCCAAAGCCACUUUAGUGCUUUUUGACACCAUCCAACUGAGAUGAAGUAUCUAUCAUUGACUAGAUUAAAUCUUGUAUACUUCUUAUCCGUAUUGUUCCAGGUGGCCAAGUGGUACUUGGAUUAGUAAUGCACAGGUCCAGGUUAAUGCGCUGAGGACAUUCAAAUCUCUCAGCAGCACCUGGUGGAACUUAAUUAAUGAACCUAAAAUAUAAUGCUUCUUAUUAGUGGUGAGUAUGAAACCUACCUGGUUUACUAAUGCUUUUUAAGGAACUGAAUCUGCUGUCCUUACUGAUCUAGACUAAGUAUGACCCUGGAUCUAGCACAAUGAGGUUAAAUCUUUAAUACCCUCUGAAAUGGCCUAGUAAGCUAUUUAGUUCAUGGGUAAUUAGAAUCUGAGACUAAAUGCUGACCUUAACAGUAACACCCACAUUCCACAAAAGAAUAAAAAUGCCAUGCUAAACAAUAUAUUUUCACAAUCUACAAGUUAGCAUUCUAACAAGAGUAUAAUUUUAAGUUCUAUGCGCAAACAAAAGCAGAAAAUCUUGUGUAUCUAAAAAAGUUGAUCGUCUGAAUAAAUGAAAAUUAUACACUACAGAUUCAAGAAUUUAGGAAAAAAAUGAUGUGGGCAGAAAAAGAAGGCAUGAGAAUAUAAAUAUGCAUUUCAGUGCAAAUAUUAGCCAAAUUAGACUUGUACUUGCAAUGAGGAGGGAAACAAGUCAGAGUCAUAGAGUCACAGAGCUGUACAGCAUGGAAACAGAAGUGAGUAGAAGUUCAUAAGCAUUUUCCAUAUGCAGGAUUUACUUGGUGUAAGGAUUUGUUCUAUUCUUUCAUCCACUGGCUUGUGCUUGAAGUAAUUUCCCACAAUAAUAGUUUCACCUCUAACCAGACCAAUAUUAUACCUAGAAAGAUCAUGUGAUCUGUGUACAUUCUGCAUUGAAGCACAGCUUUCAAACAUAACUGAAAAUAUCUACAUUUUCAAUUAGGUUUGUUGUAUUUAUUUUUAACUGUACUUUGUAGGAUUUGUGAACUUACAAAGUUGUAUUACAAUAUUUGUUAUAAAAAUAAAAAUAAUGUAUAGUUUCAAAAGUAAACUAUGUCACAAUUUCACCUGAGUUUCCUAUGUGUUAUGACAAUGCAUACCUCUGAAGUUAUUUAUCUAAUUGAUUUAUUUUAUUGUUACAGUUCAGUCACUUAGAAACAGAAUAAUGUACCUUUCAAACAUAGAACUCCCAACUAGAAAAGAUUGGGUUCAUGUGACAAUUUUACCUAACUUCACCCUCUGCCUGUAAAUUUGCCUCUCCCACAGAUGUUAAGAGUUUGAAAAAAAAAGUUGGAAAAUAUUUUUCAACAUAGGUAGCAUAAAGUGUUAGUAUCUGUUCAUGUUCAAGCAGGAUAUGUUUAUUAUUCCAUUUUCAAAUAUUAUUGAAGUUAUAUAACUUUUGUUUCUCAUCGUAAUUGUAUAAUAUUUAUUUGGAACACUGACAUAUCAAUUUUAUACAAUAACAAUUCUUACAGCUCCCACUGA